AUGAAAUCAACUGUCCGGGCCGCGGCGGAGUACCCUGUCGUGGAUGACGGGCUGAUGCAGAAGAAAAUAGAAUUGAAUAACAUCCUGCCUCCAAAAAUUGAGGACGUUGACUUUGACACCUUUCAGCGCACAGUGCAGCUGCAACAAGAGCAGGGCAUGCCGCCCCCGCCGCGCCCCAUCCUCAAGCGAAUUCCGGAAUCCACUGAUGACUUUUUGCGCAAUUUCUUUUUGCGAAACGGUAUGUACCGCACCAUGGAGGCAUUUGAGAUUGAGUGGUACGAAAAGUACGGCUCAAAGCCACUCUCGGACGCUCCAGUGUUUGCGGACAACUAUCUUGAGACGGCGGCGUUGCAGGACCGCAUUGAUAUAUUGGAGCAUCAGCUUCGUCAGCACGCUGAGUUGACGGCAAAAACGACAAAACUAUUUUUACAGGCAAAAAAGGAGCGGGACUAUCAUCGUGCCAACCACAAUCGUGUGGUGCAGGAGAAGAACAGGGUUUCGAAGCUUCUUCGUCAGGCACAGAAUCAUGCGGAGGAUGUUAACCCAACACUAAAUGAGCUUCGUCAGAAGUGUGAAACUUUACACAAAGGAAAAGUAUUGCUUUCUAUAGAGAGGGACAAGCUGGAUGCUAAGGUUUCCAGGCUUGAGAAACAGUUGGAAAACAUGGAAUUGCGGCUGAAAUCGGACGAGGAACAGGGUGGAGAAGGUCGCUCCAAAUCAACAGAGGCCGUAUCUAAACUAAAGGAGGGACCUUCUGCCAAAGCCACGGAUGCAAAGUCACAUGCAAGGAAACCUGGUUCUCAAGCUGCUCGUGGGACAGACAGUGUGUCAGAUGGAUUUCGCUGGCCUGCCGAUGAGCGACCAGGCCCUAACCGUGCAGACAACACCUGUUCCGUUUUAAGUGACCCAUUUACAUGGGUUUGUCAAUCAAUGUUUAAAGCGCAUUCCAUGCCUGUGACACAAGUUUCCAUGCACCCUGAGAAGCCCGCGGUUGCCAGCUCCAGUGAUGAUGGUACCUGGCGGCUCUCUACGUUACCACAAGGUGAAGUUGUGAUGUCUGGUGAUGGCCACAAGAGUUGGAUCUCAUCUGUGGCGAUGCAUCCAACUGGGACCAUGGUGGCCACUGCAUCCGGCGACAAGACCGUGAAAUUGUGGGACUUUGCCACGAACAGUUGCAGGUUGACGCUUAAAGGUCACUGUGACAGUGUAUGGUGUUUAGAUUUUCAGGAAACUGGUCUUCUUUUGGCCAGUGGGGCACUUGACCAAACGGCCCGCAUUUGGGAUGCCACAACAGGUAAAUGUCGUCAAACACUGCGGGGGCACGUGGACACCGUGAAUGCAGUGGUGUGGAAGCCAUUUACCAAUACUCUUUGUACAGGUAGUGGAGACAAGACCGUUUCCUUGUGGGAUUGCCGUAUGAACUGUUGCGCACAGACGUUGUAUGGUCAUCGUAACAUAGUUCGGUCUGUGGCGGUAGUUGGCCCAACGGAGGCCUUGGCAUCCUGUGACGCGGAUGGCGUUGUAGUACUCUGGGACAUACGUCGCAUGGAGCAACAACUAACCGUCGCUUGCGGACCGUAUGCCGCAAAUCAUGUGGCCUCCGAUGUGACCGGCACGUACCUCGUCGUUGCCAGUGAUGAUACCACCAUGAAGAUUAUUGAUAUUUCAAAUUCUAGCGUGGGUGAACUUGCCGGGCAUGAAGAUGGCGUUCAGUGUGCCAUGUUUGAUCCGUCAACCAACAAUUUCAUCGUCAGCGGCUGCAGCGAUGGGACAAUAGGCUACUGGUGUUGA